UCAAUAUGUAGCAGCCACGAGUUAUAUAUUAAGUUUUGAAGGGACCCGCAGAGGGAUCACAAAAUGGACGGUGAUUGAUGCUGAUGUUCUGUGUGUCACAAGAGGUCCUAUGAUUCCUCAACAAAAAGAAACCACCGCACGAUGAAAGGAAAAGAGAGAAACCUGUUUCUCUUUCUCGAGAGAGUGGUUUUGAGAGUAGGGUAAGGGUAUUCCAGAGAAGUGAGAGAACGAACCACAGAGAAUAAUGGGGGGUUCAGUGAAGGAAGUGCAAUCUAAGUCGGAGCUGGAUGACUUGCGCAGCAGUGGCGCACCGGUAAUCGUUCACUUCUGGGCUUCAUGGUGCGACGCCUCCAAGCACAUGGACCAAGUCUUCUCCCACCUCUCCACCGAUUUCCCCAACGCCCACUUCCUCAGGGUGGAGGCUGAGGAGCUACCAGAGAUAUCGGAGGAAUAUUCUGUUUCUGCUGUGCCUUUCUUUGUUUUCUUCAAGAAUGGCAAGAAAGUUGACGUAUUGGAAGGUGCAGAUCCCUCCAGUUUGGCCAACAAAAUUGCUAAAGUAGCUGGAUCUGUUAAUCCUGGAGAACCUGCAGCCCCUGCCAGCCUUGGAAUGGCAGCUGGACCCAGUGUUCUUGAAACAGUUAAAGAGUUGGCAAAAGAAAAUGGCUCUUCCCAAGUGGCAAAUCAAGUUCAACCUGGCCUCAGUGAUGCAUUAGUAAAGCAACUGCAACAGCUGAUCAACUCCCAUCCAGUGAUGCUAUUUAUGAAGGGGAGUCCUGAAGCACCUAGAUGUGGGUUUAGCCGGAAAGUUGUAGAUAUUUUGAAGGAUGAAAAUGUGAAAUUUGGAAGUUUUGACAUCCUAUCUGAUAAUGAGGUACGUGAGGGGUUGAAGAAGUUUUCUAACUGGCCAACUUUUCCUCAGCUCUAUUGCAAAGGAGAGCUACUUGGAGGAUCUGACAUAGCAAUUGCAAUGCAUGAAAGUGGUGAACUAAAAGAUGUUUUCAGAGAUCAUGGAAUUGAUGCUAAUCAUUCUGAUGAGCAGAAACAGAGUGACAGUGGAAGUGGAAAGGGUGGAGUCUCAGAAUCCACUGGCUUAAGUGCAACCUUGACAUCCCGUCUUAAAAGCCUAAUUAAUUCAAGCCCAGUUAUGUUGUUCAUGAAAGGAAAUCCUGAUGAACCCAAGUGCGGUUUCAGUGGGAAGGUAGUUGAAAUCCUUAAAGAAGAAAAGGUCAAUUUUGAGAGUUUCAACAUUCUUUCCGAUGAUGAAGUUCGACAAGGUCUUAAAGUUUAUUCAAAUUGGUCGAGUUUCCCUCAACUAUAUAUUAAAGGUGAACUGAUUGGUGGAUCAGACAUUGUCCUGGAGAUGCAGAAAAGUGGAGAGCUUAAAAGGCUUUUGGUUGAGAAGGGGAUUGUUUCAAAAGAGACUCUCGAAGAUCGUCUAAGGAGUUUGAUUGCUUCUUCACCAGUAAUGCUUUUCAUGAAAGGUAGCCCAGAUGCUCCCAGAUGUGGUUUUAGUUCGAAAGUUGUAAAUGCCUUAAGGGAGGAGGGUGUAAGUUUUGGGUCCUUCGAUAUUUUAUCUGAUGAAGAAGUGAGGCAGGGACUAAAGGUGUUCUCAAACUGGCCAACAUUUCCCCAGCUUUAUUACAAAGGCGAGCUUGUUGGUGGUUGUGAUAUUGUAAUGGAGCUCCGAAACAAUGGAGAGCUGAAAUCUACCCUAUCUGAGUAGGGCUUGCAUGGUUUCUGUUAAAUAAUGCCAGACAAACCUAGACUUCUACUUUCAGUCAUGUCAGUAGUGCCUAUGGAUGUCAUACAAGAGAUUAAAGUUUGCAUGAUUUACUUCCUUAUUGAUAAACUGAUGCCUUGAUUUGAUAUGGUUUUUGGUGUUAAAUCGUCAACAACUGUGCUUGUCUGUGAUGAAUCUGAGUUAUUUUAUGGUCUUUUCUUGCUUUGCCGUUGGAGUGAUGGCAAGUUAUUUAUGAAAAGCUUCUCUCUGGUUGCACCA